AUGUCCUCUUACGCCCAUCCCCCUUACAUAGCCCCCGAUGGUACAAAAUAUCCCUCUUCUUCGAAGCGUGAAUACAUGCAUGAUGUUUUCGAGAUGAGAGAAAUGAUCGAGGCGGGCAUGUUUGGCUGGCCCGGACCGAAAAACAACGGCGACUUGCUCUAUUCGCUCGCAUUCACCGCGGAGGCCCAUUCGUGGGCCAUUGAAAAUGUGAAGUCCAUUGAGGAGAUGGACCGUCUCUCCAAAACCCAAAAGCAGGCCAUUAUCAGCAGCCUCGCGGGUUACUGCGUGCAAGAGGAAUGGGAUGUCUUUAUGGGACUCCUUCCAGAUACGGUUCAAGAGUUGAUCAAUGAGCUUUUCAUGAACCCUUGGUGGUACUUGGACGGGAAGAUGUCCCCGACAGACGAGGGAGAUGAGACGUUCAGUACACGGCUGCAGCAUCUGUAUGACAGAUUCUACGAAAUCAACCCACUCAUGGCAUCACUGUGGAGAUCCGAAACCAAUCGCCUUGCAAACUCGGCGAAUGUACACCAGGCAGCAAACACAGUACUUGGAACCUAUCAUAAGGACCGCCGCGAGUCUUUCGUCGAUCAAUUUGUGAAUGACACUCUCUCCGUCGAGCCUAUCCGCUGGCUACUUAGAGAGCCAACAAGCAAGGAGGAUGUGGACCAGCGGGACAAAAGACUUCGCCGAAUUUACAAGAUGGCAGUGGAAAGUGCUGCACUGAUGGGAAAUAUACGAGGCCACAUUGAUUUUGAGGGGCUGGCAGAGCUACCUGAGACAUUCACCUCUGUUGACAGGUUGAAUAAAAGGGUAGUCGCACAUGAAUACAAUUUCCUAUACGACGAUCACACCACACUGGAUGGUGGUCGGAUCUUGAUGGCCGUUUACCCAGGGAUUGUUCGCAGAUAUAUUUGUGCACGUCAAGACCGGAUCACCGAGUACUACGGAGCAUAUGUCGUGGUGGGUCACCCCAAGGGAGAAGAAGUACAGAAAUGA